CGAAGUCUCACCAAUCCAUUAAUAUAUAUAAAUACACACGAGUGUGUGUUGUUUACUACACAAUUUCUUCUUCGUUCCAUUAACAACAACAACAAAAAAUCGGAAAGCUUUCUAAUUUUCUUUCUCUACUACAAUGGAAUUUGCGACUUCGAAAGGAGAGGAGAUUUUGAAAGAUGAGCAAGUGUCCAAGCAGCUACACCUGAUAUCGUCUGAAACGCAAACGCAAACGCUGAACAAAAAAGCCGUUCUAAACCGCAUCCGCAACCACAAAUGUAUUCACAAAAUCAAGAGUCUUCUUCACACCACCGCGGCUAACAACGGAGCCACCGUCGACGCUGAUUAUUAUCGGUGGAUUGAUAGCGGCGAUGUCUUUUCUUGUCCGUGACAGAGAUUUUGACACGUGUAUGUCACGUGUGUUUGUGAUUCUCUCUUUUCUCUAGUAUUCAAGUUCAAGUUGUGCUAUAUGUAAUCCUAGUGAGUAGUGAUUGUAGUUUUCGAUGUUCAUGAUGAAUUGAAUCAUUGAUGAGUUCACCGCAGAUCUUUACUGGUUUCAUUGUUGGGAUGCGGUAAUGGAUAAAUUGGGCCAUGACUGAUUAUUGUUUUGAUUGGGCUUUCUCAAAUAUUAAUAAAAGCCCAACAAGUAGAAUGGUUUUUAGCGCAAUAAUACAUUGCAGCUAAAUCGAAUCAAAUACAGUAUACUGUAUAACACUGCUUGGAGAGCGUAAUCAAUCAGCUUCAAAG